AAGCAAUGUGCUUGAGACUGCUGUUAACAGCUGUGCAAUGGAGAAUAUAACUAACAGUCAACCUGCUGUUGUUUGUUAGUACGCGUAUAAUUUUCACGAUCGCAAUUACUGAAUGCUAAGUAAUCCUUUCUCCUGCUCUUCUCUCAGGUAUUCAUUGGGAUGAAAUGAAUAUUUUUAUGACACAUCAUCCCCCAGAUAAAGACUAUGGCCAUAUGAAGAUCAAUGAGCCUCCAACACCAUACAGCAAGUGGAAAGAUCCAGGUGAUGAUGAAGGUGAAGGGACCGCAGAUCCCUUUUCUGACGAUGAAGCUGAUCCACAAAAGUUAGAUCCAGAAAACUUACAUGAUAGGAUCAAAGAUGCUCCAAAGAGAGGCUCUUGGGAUGAAAAUGCUGAAAAUGAUGAUGAUGAUGAUGAUGAAAUUGAUGAGGAUUUAACAGAAAGUCAAAAAGAACAUAAAAAAGCCUUCAAAGAUAAGAGAAGGGUACACUACAAUGAAUAUUCCAAAGUUAAACUUGCAAGGAAACUUAUAGAGCAAGAGUUAAAAGAUCUAGAAGAUGACAAUGAUGAGUCACUAGACACAGCUAAAGAAGGAUCAAGUUCAACAGAUGCUGGUGCAGCUGAUACUCAGAUGGAUGAGACAUAAAAACCAUAGUCUUGUAGUAAUACUCUUGUAAUAUUGAACAACAAGCAAGAAAAUGUCGAAAGAUUGUAACCCAAACUGAAAAGAUUAUAUAAAAAAAUAUCUGAUAGUAGGUAUAUCACAGCUUAAUUUACAGAACAGCCUAAUAUUCCAUGUUAGUAAGCAUCAUGGUAGAAAUAGGAAAAACUCGAGACAAGAAUAAUUUGUAACUGUUUAAUGCACAUUUUACCUGUUACAUAAAGUUAUAAGUUAUUGCCCAUAUAGUAAAUAGCUGUUUAUUAGCCGGCAUAGUUGAACUUAGUGUUAGAGAUAAAGUUACUCUCACUUGAACCAGAAAUCAUGUCACGGAUUUCACUGACUGUUUUUCUCUCUUUAACCCUUGAAACUCCCAAGAUCUGAUUUAUAAUUCUCCCCUGUACCUGCUUUACAUUUCCUUUUAGAUGAGUAACAAGAAUUGGGUGUUAGAUCAAGGUGACUGCUUCUACCUGAUAAGUCUGGGUAUUCUCAUUACCUGUGUACUGGACAAUGUAAUGUUAUUACAUAGGGAGAAGUUGCAUGCCCAUCAGUUCUGGGAGUUUAAAGGUGAACCUUUUACUUGCAUUCUCACCAAGUGAACUACUCUUAUGACUUACAAAUGGAAAUCUUUUAAUCCUGCUUUUUUGUGAUUCCCUCAAAUACAAAACUAAGUUUUCAGUAUAAGAUUAAAAUGCAUGAAGAUCUUAAAGUUUAUUUUCCUAAUACUCUCCUCGGAAAGUCAUUCUUGAGAAUUUGUUGUAUUAACCGGAGAAAUUAUGCGCACAAAAAGUAGAGUUGUUUUCAGAAUUAUAGAUUAUUAAUAAACUUAUUUCAUUGAGA